AUGAGCCAAAGUCCAUUCGACAUCCCGCCAACGGAAGAAGGGGAGCAAGAAGAAAUUCCCCCUAAUCCUCCAUCGCCUAUGGACCAACCUCCAUUAUCCCAACAACCGGAAGUGGAGACUGUCAAUGAAGACGACAAGAACCUAGCGGAUCAUGUCAAAGACCGACGGCAACCAGGGGAGCCGAACCCUAAUGACGACCCACUAGACCUCAAGUUCGACUUCAUGCACACGGAGAACCCAACCGUUGAAGGACUUCCACCGGAAGAAAUGUUGGACCGUACCUUCCUCAUGCCUCCCGCAGAGGAUGGCACUCGAGCCAAAAUCAUUGAGCGAGUCAACCAACACAAAGAACAAGUCCAACAACACCCGGACAUGAUACGGUUCAAGUGUCUCGUCAACGACGAGUACGAAGAAGUGGUUGCCUACAAUGAUGUCAUGGACUACAUCGAACAGGACCAAACAUGGGAUGGGAAAUGA